GAAGGAAAAGGUGUUUGUGAGUGAGAGAGCGAGAGCGGAAUAGUAACAAUAGAAUCAAAACAAGAGUCGUCGUCGUCGUCGUCGUCGGUGGUCCAAGAAUAACAGCGAGCAGCGAGCAGCGAACAAGGGGGCACUUUACGCGUAGUGGUGUAGGAUACGCGCGGGAGUCGGCGAAGACGAGACCAGCCUGCGGUUAGUGGAAAACUUUGCUGGGGCUUCUUGAAAGACGAUAGUUCGUUUGCGACACCGAGACACAGUGAUGGAUCGGUACUAGACUGGCAGCAGCAGUUGGAGCAGAAACAGCGCGUUGAACCACCAAGCCCCUCCAGAGUUACGCUACAUCACUCAGAGGAAGGCAGUGCGGAAGUGUGGGCUAGCCGUGCCAUAAGGACCGUGAUUGACCUCCGCCUGACAAAGGCUAGCAAGAGGAAAGUGCGUCGCCCCAUUCUAGUGAUAUCGGCGGAGGCAGCGACGACGACAAAGUGCAGUGACGCAUCAUCCCUACGUCUAGCCGCUCUGAGUGUGUGAGCAAAGUGCAGCGACACCAACACCAAAAACAAGCCCGGACGAGGUCAAACGAUACACAGCUUGUUCUUCACUACAGUGCAUACAUUCCAGCAAGCAAGCCGACAGCAUUAUUUCCGUAUCCAGCGGGUAAAAUCCUAAUCUCCGGACGCCUGUCGCCCGUUAUCAGCACACACCUCACCCCGCUUGCCCUGCCAUCCUUUCCCAACUCACAAGACGACGACAACGAUAUUCCCCCACGGACAACCCGGAACCAAGCAACCAUGCCGAUCAUUUACAGUGCGAUUUCGCGGGGCCAGACAGUGCUAGCCAAGUAUGCGGAUUGCGUCGGUAACUUCACCGAAGUGGCGGAACAGAUCAUCGAUCGCAUGGACGAGAAUUCGCCCAAGCUCACGUACAAGCACGGCAACUAUCUGAUUCACCUGAUCCGUGACAAUCAGAUCAUCUACAUGUGCAUCACGGACGACAAAUUCGAGCUCAACCGAGCGUUUGCGUUCCUGAUGGAGGUGAAGAGCCGUUUCACGCAGAUGUACGGGCUAACGGUGGCCACCGCGAUCGCGUACGCAAUGAACACCGAAUUCUCGAGCGUGCUGUCUUCGCUAAUGUCGAGCUACAGUGACGAUACGCACACCGACACGAUCGGGCAGGUUAAGGAGCAGAUCGACGAGUUGCGCACCAUCAUGGUGAAGAACAUCGAGGGUGUGAUUGGGCGCGGUGAGCGGAUCGAUCGGCUAGAGACCGCCGCCGAUGGACUGCUCGGCAGCUCCACGUCGUUCCGGCAGUCGUCACGCCGGCUGUCCCGUGCCAUGUUUUGGCGUAGCGUCCGGAUGUACGUGCUGCUCGCCGCCAUUGUGCUGUUCAUGAUCUACGUCAUCGUCAGCAUGGCAUGCGGGGGGUUACUGUGGCAGAGUUGUCUCGCGUCUCCGUCCACCGGAGGCUCAUAAGAGUCGCGCUUUCGUCAAGCGAAGGUGGUUUGUUAUGUUUUUUUUUUCAUUUUUAAAUUGAAGAUGUGCUACAGGAUGUUCCAGUGUGAUUGGAAUGGACAGAGAGAGAGGAUAGAAAAGAUACUGUGGGCAUCUGAAUGAGCAAGGGAAACGCUGAUAAACAGUUCAUGCAGUUUUUAUAGAAUAUCCUUUUCCCUGUCCCAAACACGCACUUACAAAACGCCUGUCUCCUUUGCGGAGCUGAAGUGAAAACCAGCCAGCCCGUUAGCUAGGCGUUCACGUAACGUAUCCAGUAGAAUAUCGUGUCACAGGCCAUCGUAGCCCAUAUUACUUACUGUUUCCGUUUCGAUAACAGUAACCCAAAUAGCUGGAGAGACUUUGAAUUAUCCGUUUGUAAUCCGUUUAUCCGAUUUAAUUAUCCAGAUUAUGUGAUAUGGAUUUUUCUUAUCCUAACGCUCCUACUUCAAGUAAUUCCUUUAUUUUUUAUAAAUUAUAUUUUCUUUGAUAUGCUGGAUUACCGCAUUAUUGUACACCAAAUGUGUUGGGAUUAUAUUGUGCGGGGAUACUGUGAUCGGCACAGAAGGGCGGCAGUUCUGCUCGGCCCGUGCAUAUUCCUUGAUGGUGCCUUAGCGUGGUGCGAUCGCUGGAAAGUGCAAUGCACAGGGCGGAUGAAUUCAAACUAAGUUCUACGAACGCUAUUACGUUGGUUCUGUACAACUAAACCCCACACAAACGAUACACUAAAUUCAUACAGACACACCAACACGUACACUGAGAGAGUAGUGUAAUACACUGAACUGUAAAUGAAAGUAAAUUUUGUGAUCGCGACCUUACGAUGUGGACGACGGGCUAAUUAGAAAGGUUUUUUGCUUUUCUGGUUGUAACAGAACCAGCUACACCCCUCCCAACGUAUUCUCGCGCGUCUGUAUCUGCUCGCUCCAACAAGCAUCUACGCUAUUCAAACAAUUCCCUAUAUCCGUUUUUGACAGAAAAAGUAAUCUCGAAUAGACAAAUACGAAGGCGAGGCGUAUGAAAUGAGACUUAUAAAAUAUGUGAAAAUCUAGCGGGACGGAACUCUGCGGCUGCCACACAGGAGCAAAGAAGGCAAAUGGAUGGAAUGGCAACACCGGUGGUAUUUAGAGCGUUCACCCAAUAAUAUACUGUUACUGCUAAUUUGAAUGCUGUUUUCCGAUGUAUCCCUUAGAGGUGCUGACCUCAUAGAUAAUCAUGCAGAUAUAUUAUUAAGACCCUUUUA